GUGACUUGAUAAACGUGUAACUUUGACUUUGACUUAGUUUUAGUGACUGCAACAGCAUUUCAGGAUGCAACGGUCUGUGUUUGCGCUGCUCGGUUUUGUCCUGGUGUCCCUUUGUAAAGGACAGACAGCUCAAACUUUCUGUCAAGAAAAAACAUGCCCGGAAUUUACUUUGCUCGAGUCAAACCAAGAUUUUGAGACCCGUUUGUAUUCUGACACGCUUUGGAUUACCACCAAAGUAGCAAGCAGGACUUUACCUGAAUUGGCUGCUGCAAGUUCCAGGUUAAAGAAUUUCUGCGAGACACACAAGCAAGCAGGUUAUACAACGACUGACGCUUGGCCUGUGCUGAUCACAGUCAUCAAAGAUGAAGAUGAGGAGAAUGACUUCAUGUCCUGGUUUGUCCCGAACAACACACCCAUGGCUGAAAUCAGUGACCCAUAUGUGAAAUUGCAAACAAGACCCGGUGGUACCGUUUAUGUCAGAGUAUUCCAUACGCUACCAAACCUAACCAACGGACAGACAAAUAGAGAGAAGCUACGUGAGGAUUUGACUCGAGCUGGGAAGCACUUUGAUGCAAACACCUACUCUGGGGCUGCCUAUACUACCUACUGGGCAUUGAGUCACUACAGCGAAAUCUGGAUGUCAGCUUUAUAAGGACCCAGGGGGUGAUCAAGGUGAUGGGUCAAAUGCAGAGAAUAAUUUCGCCACACCUAGUGUGUGUGUGACAAUCAUUGGUACUUGAACUUUUUUAACUUUAACCAUAUACAUCUCAUAUAACAAAUUAAAUGCUUUUACAUCCAGAUGGAAAACUAUGUUAAGUUACUAUUUUUACCUUGAUUCUCUGCAAUAGUUUCACAAUCUUAAUUUGCCUGUUUGUCUUUUAAAAACAUAUUGACAAUAAUCUGUAUAACCAAGUACGGAAAAGUUUGUAUUGUAUAAUUGACAAACUAAAAGUGUGUCUUGUGAUUUUUUUGGCCUGAAAUGUCUGCCUCUACGUCUUCAGAACAAAACAUUUGUUUGCACGUUAUCAUCAGAUUUCUGUCAUGAACAUGUGAUUCAGAAAUGUGAUGCACAUCUUGUUUAACUUGUUUCUGCAGAAGCAUGGAUACUCUCAAAACAUUCUGACAUUUCUGCAAAAGUAUGGAUACUCUCAAAACAUUCGGACAUUUCUGCAGAAGCAUGGAUACUCUCAAAACGUUCUGACAGACAACAGAGAAAGUUCUGUCUGCUAAAAAUAAAGGAAAGGUGUAAAUUACGGGAGGUAAAAAUAUAAAUUGUAUCAAAGCUGCUCGCAGUAUUGAAAGGACCCUUGCCCUCACUUGCACCUUGGGGUUCAUGCAAGUCGGCGGGCACGCCGGACCAGAUGCCGGUAUCAUUAGUUAGAAUGAAAAUGGGAAGUCUGGAUGACUCCUAAAUCAUCUGAAGUGAAGUAAUGACAGUUUGAUGGUUUAUGGCGAGGAGCAUCUCCACACUCAUGCCCCGUCCACCCACAUGCUAUCAAUCAUCACGCUUAACAUAAUCAGUUUGUUCAAUGUGCCCUGUAAAAAGAUGAAAUUGAUUCAAUAAAGUACAUAGGAAGAAUAGGUAAAUGCGUGA